GUCAGUUCUCCCUCCUGGAACAGUGCAGAAAGCUGCUUGUAAAGUCUCCAUAGCCAAACCAAUUUAGCUGUGGCUUAGUGGAGUAUAGUAACGUUGCUACGAAAAGGACUCACUUUUCCCAACAGUUUGAAAGCUGUGGAGAUACACGGUGAAAGCAAAUUUGAAUGCGAAUGUGAUUUAGCAAUCGUUUAUCGGAAGAACAUUGACGCUGGCCAAUUAACGCUCGACGAAUCGAUGAAGACGAAGGGAACUUCUUCGUUCUCAACGGGUAUGGAUAAUCUCAAUAGUUCAAAUGCUUACAACUUAUAAAGGACAACCAUUUCCAUUCUGGGAGUAAACUCUCUCUCGCCUGCAACACUCAUGCCGGGCAUCAACUCUACCGGUUCUCGAUAUGAGGACUGGGAGAUGGAAUACGACCACUACCAACACUAUUUUUACGACGACCACGACCCCGAUGAGGAUUUUUUCAAAUCAACUGCACCCAGCGAGGAUAUUUGGAAAAAAUUCGAGCUGGUGCCGACCCCACCCAUGUCACCUAUCCGGACUUUGGAAGGGUCAAGCAGGGUUGGCUUGGUCUGCCCUUCGCUUGGGGACAAACUCGAAUGGGUGUCACAAGACUUUCCGUGCAAGUUAAGCUCGGCGGAGGAAACUUUUGGAAACUUAAGUUCCAUCAUUAUCCAGGACUGCAUGUGGAGUGGCUUCUCACCUAGUCAGCAAUUGGAGAAAGUUGUCGGAGAGCGACUCGCCCCUUGCCCUACGCCAGGAGGGACAAAACUUGCCCUCCAAACGGGACCCGGUAUCGUCUCAUCGGGAAGAACGCAGUGCGUUCCGGCUGACUUGCCAGUUCUUAGCAGCCUAGCGGCUGAUUGUGUGGACCCGGCCGCUGUGCUCACCUUCCCGUUACCCGGUGCCUGCAAGAAACAGGUGUCUUCUGGUUCAGAGUCGCACACUGAUUCAUCAGACGAUGACGAGGACGAUGAUGAUGAUGAGGAGGAGGAGGAAGAGAUCGACGUGGUGACGGUGGAGCAGCAGAACAAGCCCCGUCGACUCCUUAGCGCCCGGCAGCCCGUCACCAUCACGGUGCAGGCCGACCCGCUGGACCCCUGCAUGAAGCGCUUCCACAUCUCCAUCCACCAGCAGCAGCACAACUACGCCGCCCCCUCCCCCGACACGCUGACCCCCUGCCAGCCCCCCCGCAAGAGGGUCCGCCACGAGCCGUCCCGCCCCGACGAGGACGAUGAUGAUGACGACGACGAAGAUGAUGAUGAUGCUCUUCCGGAAGCUCCGCCCCACCCUCGCCUCGCGUCGGCCCCCCCUAACCCCCGGAACUAUGACAGCGGCAAACCUCACGUCUCCGCCGCCUACGGCCGGCCAGAGCCGCCCGACGCCGGCCUGGCCGCCGCCUCUCCCUCCCUAGGCGCCGCCUCCUCCCCCCCCCCCUCGUCCUCGUACUCGUUCAAGUCCCGACCCCAGUCCCAUCCCUCCAGCCCCCAGUCGUCCGACGGCGAGGACACGGACAAGCGCAAGACGCACAACUUCCUGGAGCGCAAGCGACGCAACGACCUCCGCUCACGCUUCCUGUCGCUGCGCGACGAGAUCCCGGGGCUGGCCGAGUGCCCCAAGACGCCCAAGGUGGCCAUCUUGACCCAGGCCACUGAGUACCUGCGGCAGCUGCACGCCAGCGAGCGUGUGCGGGCGCAGGAGAGGAGGCAGCUGAAGGCCAGGCAGCAGCAGCUGCUGCGGCGGCUGGCGCAGCUUAAACGCUCUUGAGCGGCCAGUCAGCGGGGGGGGUGGGGGGGUGGAGCUCCGGACACGCCAUCUCUCGAUCUGCCCUGGGUUUAGAGUUCAGUCUCCCCUGGUCUCCACUCUCCCAGACCACGCACAUGCUCGCGCACAAACACAAUUUACUUUUUUCCCAAAACGGAAUGGAAUACGAUGCAGGAGAGACACUAAUGUUCACUUUCUGGGUGGGGGAGGGGAGGGGGGCUGUGUGUUUUGCGUCCGUUUCUGUUCUAAGUUUGUUGUUUGCACAUUUUUAGCUUCUGAGUGAUUGACUGGGAAAUCAGCCGGCCAGGACAGAAGACGGGGGGGGACUGUAUAAGUCACAGAUAUUUCAGAUAGUUGUUGACAUUUGUGAGGGGAUAGUAUACAUUAAAUACUUUAUACAAUUUAACAUACUGUCCCCCUGCAAACGUAAUUGUUAAUAACCGGAUUCAUGUUGAAACGGUUAUUUAUUCAGAAUGUAAACUGGGAUAUGUGUUAAGUUAGAAUGCCAUGUAGGCAGUGUGUGAGACUUAAUGAUUAUUAUGCAUGUGUAAUGUACUGGUAUACAUCUUAACCCAAUGCCUGAGCAACAACUGCUACAGUUUCAUUGCUGCCAAGGUAUAGUCUUGAAGAACAACAGUUUAAAACCGCACCAUUGCGACCAGUGAAUUCCAAUAAACAAAUUAGUUCCUGUCCAGUCCUGAUCACUCCCGAUAAGUAUCAUAAGGUAAAUUUAUGAAAUGGUAAACUUUUGAUUUGUGGUAGUGUGAUAAAAAUGCUAAAUGCCAAUGUUGAAAUAACUCAUCAUUUAAUUUUUCCGUAGUUUGGUGCGUUUUUUUUGUCCGAGCCGUGUGUGUUUGUGUGUACAUAGAUCAUGUCUGAUCGUGUGUGUUUGUACAUAGAUCAUGUGUGUGUACAUAGAUCAUGCUCGGAUGUUUGUACAUAGUAUCCUGGAUGUACAGAUCUGUCGACACCAAAACCAGAGUUGUCAAAUGGACUUUCUAAUUUUGUUUUCCAGGCGUGUAUCUCCCAAAAUGGGGUUUGGCCACGCUGGCCAUUCAAAUAUAUCUCAGAAGCUUCUAUUUUUGUUAUUAAAAGGACUAU